CCUAACAUUCAACAGUAGAAUUUCUUCAUGGGUGAAGGACAAAGACAGCAUGAACCAAUGGAGGCUACUACUCUUAUGGAAAACCAUGGCCAUCAACCUCAGCAUAGGUAUAUUUCGCCAGGUAGAAGGGGUAAUGUGGGUCUUCAUCAUCAACCCUACCUAAGGGACUUUUUCCAGCCACAAGUUCCUCCAGCCCAGUCGGUACAGCACGGUUUGCAGAAUCAACCAGCUCAAUUAUGCAAUAGAGAUCAGCUAAUAGAUCUGGUACAGGAAACCUAUGGACCAGCCUUGAGACCAUUGGUAUGUCCAGCCUACAUGAAGCCUUAUCCAAACAUCAUUGAUCAUGAAAAUCCUUUUCCAAGGGGUUUUAAAGUGCUUGAGUUCACUUUAUUUUCUGGUGAGGUUGUGUCUAUGGCAGACUUGUCGAGGUUAGCCCAAAAGCCUGGAGAGUCGUUUGAGGCAUUCCUUGCUAGGUUCCGGAGAGCCAGACUGAAAUGUCGAGUUGCACUACCAGAACAGGAAUUUUUCAAGCUAGCUCAAAAUGGUCUGGACAUUAAGCUCCGAAAGAAAUUUGAGGGGAUGGAAUUCCGAGACUUCUAUGAAUUGUCUUAUAAAGUGGCUCAGUAUGAAAAUCUGCUGAAAGAAGAUGUUCAAAAGAAAGCUGCAUCACAUGGAACCCAUUACAGUGACCCUAAUUUUGAUCUUGAUGUGGCUGAGGUGGUUACAGACAAGCCUGUUGUUUGUCCAAACCUUGUCAGACCAACUCACCAGCCUGAGACGUCUUUGAGAGGUUAUGUUGGUGAGGUUGGAAAACAAUAUACUUUUGAUAUGUCAAAAACUAGUGAUAUAUUCAACCACCUAAAAAAGAGUGGUUUGAUUAAGUUGCUGCCAGGACAUAAAAUCUCAACAGCAACUGAAAUCGGAGCUAGAGAUUAUUGCAAAUUUCAUAAUUCUUGGAAGCAUUCUACUGAUAAUUGUCUUAUUUUUCAUAAUGUCUUGCAAGAAAAGAUUGAUAAGGGUAUCUUGAAAUUUCCAGACAAAGCGAAGGAAACCAUGGGAGUAGAUGCAGAUCCUUUUCCAGUUGUAUCUGUUGGCGUGAAUGUUGUAUACCUGAGGAGUGUUGCCAGAAAUUGUAGUCUGCCUUAUGCUCAAAGGAACCUUGCUGCUGAAUACCUGAGGUGGGUCAUUGAGGUGCAAAGAUCCAAACAUAGCAGGAACAUCAGGUCAAACCAGCAAAGGCUUGGGGGGCAAGGAAAGAGCAUUGUAACCAAGAACUUUAGCCUAGAAGGUGCCAGACGCCACUCAACUGGUACUAAAUCUUCGAGAAUGGUCAAACCACCACUUAGAUUGCAACGCAAGAGGGUUAAAGAGCGAAAAAGGCAACAGAAGCAGGUGGAGGCUUGGGGAAGUUCAUCUCGCAGACCACGCCAACCUACCAAAAGGAACGUGGUGUGGGUGAGAAAAGAGAAAAAUAAUACUGUAAUCCAGACUCUACUGAAGGGGGAUGACCAAUCUCCAGCCUCUCCAAAGGUGGCAUCUGCCAUUGUGAGUCAAGAUGAAGUUUUGAAAGCAACUUUUGAAGCACAAGAACAGUCUGGGAAUCGUGGAGCUGAAUCAAAAGAAGAUGGCACUAUUCGUUUUGGGGAAUUCUCAGUGAAUUUGUCAUGUCUGGUGUUGACAUUACCCUUGGUUUUCCAAGCCAAGAAGGAGGAGGAACCAAUCGUCUUCAAUGUCCUUCCAACUUGCAUGCUCUACAACAUAGGCAAGUCUCUUGAUGAUUUAGUGCAUACUGAGGUUACAAUUAGUGAUUUUACAGAAGGGGUGAAUUGUUCAAGGGGUGUGCUGCCUGUUGAAUUAACAAUGGGAAAUAAGACAUUGAUGUCUGCGUUUUUCGUGGUGAAUACUAUUGCUACUUAUAACGCACUUUUGGGGCGUGACUGGAUUCAUUCAAGUUGGUGUGUCCCUUCUACAUUUCACCAGAAACUGAUUUUUCGAAAUUGUGGCAAAGCUGAGGUGGUGUCUGCAGAUGAUAAGCCUUUUUCAGCCAAUACCCACCUAGUGGAGGCUAGAUAUUAUGAAGACAUUGGUGCCAUUUGGUUUUUUGGGAUGGAUAGACAUGAGAAACCGAUUGGGAUAACAGCAUGCAGUAGACCGUCAUUGUCUAAACGUGUUGUGGAGGAAGUCUGUGAUGAACUUCUUCGGUCUGAAAUUGUUCAUGAAGGCGAGGAGGCAGACCAAGGUGAUGAAAUAACUUUGGAGGGGUUGGAUCUUGCCCUAGCCAAGUUGGAUGAUUUAAAAGCUGAAGUUCAAGACCCACUAGAGGAGAUCAAUUUAGGGUCUGAAAAAAUGCUAGGUCUGGAUCAGAAAUUGGUGGAACAUAAACUGCCAAUUGCAGAAGGAUUUAGACCGUAUAAACAGCCGUCCAGACGCAUGUUUGCAGAGGUCAUCUUGAAGGUGAAAGAAGAAAUUGAGCGGCUGGUAAAAGCUGGAUUCAUUCGGACAUCCAGGUAUGCAGAAUGGUUGUCAAAUGUAGUGCCUGUGCUGAAAAAGAAUAGAAAACUAAGAGUCUGUGUUGAGUUCCGAAACUUGAAUUUAGCUACACCAAAGGAUGAGUAUCCUAUGCCAAUUGUAGACUUGUUGGUUAAUGGAGUAGCCCAUCAUAAAAUCUUAUCCUUCAUGGACGGCCAUAGUGGGUACAACCAAAUUUUUAUUGUAGACGCAAACGUUCCAAAGACAACCUUUCGAUGCCCAAGUGCUAUUGGAACUUUUGAAUGGGUUGUGAUGCCAUUUGGUUUGAAGAAUGCUAGAGCUACCUAUCAAAAAGCCAUGAAUGCAAUUUUUCAUGAUAUGAUUGGUAAAUUCAUGGAAAUCUAUAUUGAUGAUGUUGUGGUGAAAUCAAAUGGGGAAGCAGACCACCUGGUUCAUUUGAGGAAGUCUUUUGAACGGAUGAGGCAACAUGGCUUGAAAAUGAACCCACUAAAGUGUGCCUUUGGAGUGUCUGCAAAUAACUUCCUUGGGUAUUUGGUGCAUGAGCGUGGUCUGGAGGUUGACAAGAACAAAGCCAGGGCUAUGAUUGAGGCAAAACCACCACAAAAUAAGGAGUUUACAGAAACCAUGUCUGGAGCUGGAGUCAUGGUAAUCUCCCCGUCUCGACUAAAAACACAGAUAUCUUUCCAGCUGGAUUUUGAUUGCACAAAUAAUCAAGCAGAAUAUGAAGUUUUGAUUAUUGGUCUUGAGAUGUUGGUAGAGCUUAAAAUAUCCAUGGUUGAGGUUAUAAGGGACUCACAACUAGUCUUGAAACAGUUGUCUGGUGAGUACAAAUAUACUAGCCUUGCUUUAGCCCCUUAUUUUGCCUUGACUGUGCAAUUACUAGAGGAGUUUGAUGAUGUGUCCAUCAGACAUGUGCCUAGAGACCAAAACUAUGAAGCUAAUGAAAUGGCUCAAAUUGCUUCAGGUUUGCAGAUUCUUGAAGGUGUAAUGCAGAAAGUUGCGGGGAUCAAGAUGCACUGGCUAAUUCGCAGACAUGGUUUCUUCUGGCCAUCUAUCCUGAAAGACUGUAUUGCUUAUGCUAAAGGCUGCAAAUCUUGUCAGAUCCAUGGGCCACUUCAAAGAGUUCCAACCUCUGAACUUAAUUCUAUUGUGAAACCGUGGCCAUUUCGAGGUUGGGCUAUUGACUUGAUUGGCAAGGUGUACCCCCCUUCAUCAAAAGGUCAUUCAUUUAUUAUAGUGACAACGAAUUAUUUUACCAAAUGGGUGGAGGCUAAACCAAUGAAAAAGGUAAAUCAAUCUGAUGCAAUCAAGUUCAUCAAAGAGGACAUUAUUCACAGGAGUUCAACCAAGAUGACACCUUUUGCGUUGACAUAUGGCCACGAUGCAGUCUUGCCAAUAGAGUUAACAGUCAGGUCUUUAAGAAUAGAGAUUCAACAUAAUCUCCAGUUUGGGGAAUAUGACGAGUCUAUGAUGCUUGAGCUUGAGGAUCUUAAAGACACACGUUUGGCAGCUUUGGAUAGAUUGCAACCUCAAAAGCUCAAAAUUGCAAAGUCUUACAACAAGAGAGUGAAAGGUAAAAAUUUGGCAAUUGGUGACUUAGUUUGGAAAGCAAUUUUACCUCUUGUCAAGAAGGAUCACAGAUUUGGGAAGUGGUCCCCAAAUUGGGAAGGACCAUUUCAAAUUCAUGAGGUGUUGAAAGGGGGAGCUUAUUAGCUAGAGUCACUUGAUGGAGAGCUUCAUCCCAGAAAAAUCAAUGGAAUUUAUCUCAAGCCUUAUUAUCUCACAGUCUGGGAGGCAAGAGGAAUGGAGUCCUAAGAAGCUAUCUGAGCCAGGUUCACACUUCUUUUUGUGCAUAAUUAAAUUGGGUUUCUUUCA